GCCGCGCUGGGCAUGCUCAGUCGGCAGGGCCGCUUCAGCUCUUGGAGUAGGAAGCUUGGGCUCUCCGGCCGAAAGGAGCCGCGGCGGGGGGAAAAUGGAGCCCUUCACGGAUGAUCGGCUUCCGCUCCCCAGGAAUAUGAUUGAAAACAGCAUGUUUGAGGAAGAACCAGAUGUGGUGGAUUUAGCCAAAGAACCUUGUUUACAUCCUCUAGAGCCUGAUGAGGUGGAAUAUGAGCCCCGGGGUUCGCGACUGUUGGUGCGGGGUCUUGGUGAGCAUGAGAUUGAUGAGGACGAAGAGGAUUAUGAGUCGUCCGCAAAGCUGCUGGGCAUGUCCUUCAUGAACAGGAGCUCGGGCCUUCGAAACAGUGCAGCUGGCUACAGGCAGAGCUCAGAUGGGACUUGUUCAGUACCCUCUGCGAGGACCAUGGUGGUCUGUGCUUUUGUCAUUGUGGUUGCUGUUUCUGUAAUCAUGGUGAUUUAUCUACUGCCCAGAUGUACCUUUACCAAAGAAGGCUGCCAUAAAAAAAACCAAUCAAUGGGAUUAAUUCAACCAAUUGCAACUAAUGGGAAGUUGUUUCCAUGGGCACAAAUCAGGCUUCCCACUGCCAUUAUGCCAGUACGCUAUGAACUUAACCUACACCCAAACCUAACCUCGAUGACAUUCAGGGGCUCUGUGACGAUUUCAUUUCAGGCUCUUCAGGCCACAUGGAACAUAGUUCUUCACAGCACAGGCCAUAAUAUUUCAAGAGUGACCUUUAUGUCAGCAGUUUCAAGCCAAGAAAAACAAGUUGAUGUCCUGGAAUAUCCAUUUCAUGAACAAAUCGCCAUUGUUGCCCCCGAGGCCCUUCUUGAAGGGCACAAUUAUACCUUGAAGAUAGAGUAUUCGGCAAAUAUAUCUCGUUCUUACUAUGGGUUUUAUGGCAUCUCCUACACAGAUGAAAGUAAUGAGAAAAAGUACUUUGCAGCAACUCAGUUUGAACCCUUGGCAGCAAGAUCUGCUUUUCCUUGUUUUGAUGAGCCAGCAUUUAAAGCCAUAUUUAUCAUCAGGAUCAUAAGAGAUGAGCAAUACACUGCUUUAUCAAAUAUGCCUAAGAAGUCAUCAGUCAUUAUGGAAGAUGGACUUGUUCAGGAUGAAUUCUCUGAGAGUGUGAAGAUGAGCACUUACCUGGUUGCUUUCAUUGUGGGGGAGUUGAAGAAUCUGAGUCAGGACAUAAAUGGAACCCUGGUUUCUAUAUAUGCUGUCCCAGAAAAGAUUGGUCAAGUUCACCAUGCCUUGGAAACAACUGUGAAGCUUCUUGAGUUUUAUCAAAACUACUUUGAAAUUCAAUACCCACUAAAGAAAUUGGAUUUGGUGGCUAUUCCUGACUUUGAAGCAGGAGCAAUGGAAAAUUGGGGUUUGCUCACCUUCCGAGAAGAGACACUUCUGUAUGAUAAUAAUACUUCUUCAGUGGUGGAUAAAAAACUGGUUACUAAAGUCAUCGCUCAUGAGCUGGCCCAUCAGUGGUUUGGUAAUCUGGUAACAAUGCAGUGGUGGAACGAUGUAUGGCUAAAUGAAGGUUUUGCUACUUUCAUGGAGUAUUUCUCUUUGGAAAAAAUAUUCGGAGAGCUCUCCAGUUAUGAAGAUUUCUUAGAUGCUCGAUUUAAAACCCUGAAGAAAGAUUCCUUGAAUUCAUCUCAUCCAAUAUCAUCAUUAUCUGUUCAGUCUUCAGAACAGAUUGAAGAAAUGUUUGAUUCUCUUUCCUAUUUUAAGGGAGCUUCUCUGUUGUUGAUGCUGAAAACUUACCUUAGUGAAGAUGUAUUUCAACAUGCUAUUGUCCUUUACCUGCAUAAUCAUAGCUAUGCAUCCAUUCACAGUGAUGAUCUGUGGGAUAGUUUUAAUGAGGUCUCAAACAAAACCCUAGACGUAAGGAAAAUGAUGAAAACCUGGACCCUGCAGAAAGGAUUUCCUUUAGUGACUGUUCAAAGAAAAGGAAAGGAACUUCUGGUGCAACAAGAAAGAUUUUCUUUAAAUACGAAGCCUGAAAUUCAGCCUUCAGAUGCAAGCUCUCUGUGGCAUAUUCCACUAUCCUAUGUCACUGAUGAAGGAAAUUAUUCAAAGUAUCGAUCAGUAUCAUUACUGGACAAGAAAUCAGUUGUCAUCAAUCUCACAGAAGAAGUGAAGUGGAUCAAGGUCAAUACAGACAUGACUGGCUAUUAUAUUGUACAUUAUGCAGACAACAACUGGGAAGCACUGAUCAAACAGUUGAAAAUAAAUCCUUAUGUCCUGAGUGACAAAGAUCGAGCCAACCUCAUCAACAACAUCUUUGAACUUGCAGGCCUAGGCAAGGUGCCUCUUCAGAGAGCUUUUGAUUUGAUUGAUUAUCUUAGAAAUGAGACCUCUACUGCACCCAUCACGGAAGCCCUGUUCCAGACGGAACUCAUCUAUAACCUUGAAGAACUGGGGCACAUGGAUCUGGCCUCAAGACUGGUGAACAAGGUAUUUAAAUUGCUUCAAAGCCAAAUCCAGCAGCAGACGUGGACGGAUGAGGGCAGCCCAUCUGUUCGGGAGCUGCGCUCAGCCUUGCUAGACUUCGCUUGCACCCACCGCCUGGAGAACUGCAGCACCGCCGCCAUGAAGCUGUUUAACGACUGGGUGGCAUCCAAUGGAACUCAGAGCCUACCCGCUGAUGUCAUGACGACUGUGUUCAAGGUUGGAGCGAAAACUGAGAAAGGCUGGUCAUUCCUCUUCAGCAAAUAUGUCUCUAUAGGCUCUGAAGCAGAGAAGAAUAAAAUACUUGAAGCUCUUGCCAGCUCAGAGGAUGCACGGAAACUUUACUGGUUAAUGAAAAGUAGCCUCAAUGGAGAUACCAUCCGAACACAAAAGCUGUCGUUUAUCAUUAGAACAGUGGGCCGGCAUUUUCCUGGACACUUACUGGCGUGGGAUUUUGUCAAAGAGAACUGGAGUAAGCUUGUACAGAAGUUCCAUCUGGGGUCCUAUACCAUACAAAGUAUUGUUGCUGGAUCAACUCACCUGUUUUCAACAAAGGCACAUUUAUCUGAGGUCCAGGCUUUCUUUGAAAAUCAGUCAGAGGCAACCUUUCGACUUCGCUGUGUCCAGGAGGCUUUGGAAGUCAUUCAGCUGAACAUCCAGUGGGUGGAAAAGAACCUUGAAACUCUGACGUUUUGGCUGUAGCAUGCAUACCUGCACCUCAUUCGGUCACCCAUUCAGACAGCUUGUUAACUUGGGCUCUGCUGCUUUUGCAAAAGCCAAGGUGAAACCAGGAUCGCUGCUGAGUUGUGUGCACUCUUAGGAGUUCUAGUUUGCUCAGGGCCCGUCUGUAUUUUUCAUCUGUCUUUUCUAAAAUGUCCUUGGGCAGUGUGUAGUUAUUACCAAAUUAUAUUCACCUACAUGCCAACCAUCUACAAAAACAAUGGGUAAUUUUCUACUCUGAAGAUAUUCAAAUGGAGAAAAAAUAUCUGUUUUGGAAUUCUGUUCUAUCUCUCAGUAUCUGGAAAGUGCUGACACCGUGAAAUAAGGAAAGAGCUACCAUGGGAGCCACCAUCUUUGCAGGCUGCUGGUUUAUUAGCCACUUGUUGCUUCUUGUUGAACGAUGUUAUUUGAAUGUGGUUCAAAGUUAGCUUCAAAACGUAUGGUAAUGAAGUUGACGAAGCAUGCAACCAUAGAGAACUGACCUCAAGUGUGCAGAUCUACUUUGACUGGCAGUUUUGAAUAAUCCUUUAUUUUCUGGAAGAAGUUUAUAACUAUUAUAUUUUUUUCUGAAGAAUAGCCAGGUGCUAUAGAAUUUUUAAUUUUUUGUUGUAUUGUAAAGCUAAAUAACAAGGCCAAAAGAUUAAAUUUUCCAAAUAUUUAACACUUCCUUUUUCAUCUUUCAGGAAAAUAUUUCAAACCGAGUUAACGUUAAUUAUAAUUAUUUUACUUAUGAAUUCCAGUGUUCUCCAAACCUCUGUACACCUUUAUCACUCCCUGCCAUAGAUACACCUUAUGUUAUAAAUAAGUAUUUCUACAUUUAUGGCAAGCAUUUUUUUAAUACUGGUGUCUCUUAUCAUGACUUUAUUACUAAGAAUACAGUUUGUUUAAGUUGCUUUUUGGCAUAAUAGAUCAUAGACACUUUCUCUGAAUCAUACCCGUUGGGUGGAUUUUCAUUUUAUAUGAUAGAGUUGCAUAUUAGAAGCAUAUUUUAAAAUAGGGCCUUUGAGAAAUUGAACAUUUUUAUUUAAAGUUCACCACAGUACCUUAAAGGAAUAAAGAGAAUGUGGGUAGGAUUAACUUGAUUUAGGUUUAAUAUGGUGGGCUUUGAAUUUUUUCUACUGUCAGAAACAGUACUUUUCUUUAGUUGAAAAAUCAAAGUUUUCUUUUGUAAUGGCCAAACUAACAGAUUAUAAGGAAUGGCCAUGGAAAGAAAGAAAGAAGGGAAGAAGAAAGAGAGAGAGGAAAGUAUCCAAAACUGUAUGGCAAUCUUACUCCUUCUAAAGGAGGAAUACUGUACUUGAAUUUUUUGAGCUAUGCAGACUUAUACCUAGAUUGUUGUGUUUCUUUGAUUCUUAGGAGAAAAGCUUUCUUCGUAAUAAUUCUUGUACUUUAUAUUUUGCUUGAAAACAUCUACAUAUAUAAAGAGGAUAUUUACCCAUUUUUCACCUAAGAUUUUCCCAUGGAAUUCCAUACUUCUUAAUGUUAUGAUAUCCCAUCUGUAUGGGGCUUCCAAAAACUAACUCUAAGUAAGGAAUAUAAGGUUAAAUAAUAGGUAGAACAUGUAGCAUAAUAAGUAUUAUUGGAGCUUUUGAAGUUUUUUUCCCCCAGAAUUUUAUCUUACCACUGUAUUUCUGAGAACUCAAAUAGAUUGAAGCACAGCAGGAUAGGAUUCUAUUUUACAUGAGCACAUAGAUCCAUGACACAAUUAAGUACUGUUUGACAAGUGUUAUAUUCAUUGCAGAGAGACGGUCUACUUGAGUUAAUAAAAAGGCACAUCAUACUAGUAAUCUAGGUUACUAGGUUACUCGUAUGAUGUGCCUUCUUACUGUAGAAGAAAAAAAUGUAUGCUUUGGAGAUCUGAAAGGCUGUGAAAGUAGAAAUCUAAGGAGUCCAGUUUGUUUCUAUCUAAUCACUUGUUAAUACCAAGUGAUUAGACGUAAUUAAACUGAAGUAGUGUCAGCUGCCACCAUAAGUUUGUGCCUUCCUCCAUCUUGUUUUAUAUAAAUCUCUUUAAGUGAAAUUGUGUUGUUUGCCAUUGUUUGGGUGUUCAUGAACUUUCUUACUAUCACUGGUUCUACUUAACGCUAAUGUCCUUUGCCUUUCGUGUUUUCAUUUUACUGUCCUUUAGCCACUGUAGGAACAGAGAGCUGUCAGAAGAGUUCUGGGUAUAUAGAGGAUAUUGAGCCGCAUCAGUCUUACUGGGUACAGAACAGAAUCCUUUCUGAAUAUUGGAAAGAAAGAAAUGAAAGUUAAGUGAUGAGUUCGUUGGAUUACGGAUAGCCUGUUAAUUGAGUUGGAUUUUAAAAGAGUCUACUCCAUCUAAAGCACCUGGAAUAAUCUGCAGUCAGAUUGCUGAACGUUCACAUAGUCCCCAUGUAUUUCAUGGGGCUGCAGGGAAGGUGUAUGCAUCUCAGGAGAUGUGUCAUCAGCAGGAACAGCAGUUCCUGGGCUGAGUUUGCAAAACAAGACCUGAAUUUCGUAGGUAUGAUGUAGCUCUUCUUCUCCCUUUUGCCUUUAUUUUUUUUUUAAUUGGAAUUAACUCUCUUUUUAAAGAGCUUUCUUCCUCCUUCUGCCCUCACACCCCCAUUUGUACUUUAAAAAGCUUAUGUCAAUAUAUAUAUAUAUAUAUAUAUAUAUAUAUAUAUUUUUUUUUUUUUUUUGCUGGGUUUUACUUUCUUUGAUUUUGUGCUUCAUUCUCCACAUUGGCAAGUAAGUACCAAAUGAAAAGUGGAAGUCCAAAAGUAUGAUAAACCUCCUCUUCUCCCUUUCCCUUAUGGCCUGCAUGGGCAAUAGCUUAUAGAAUAGUUGAUUGAUUUCUUUGAGUGGCUCUUUGGGGGUAUAUACUUUUUAAAUGUAUGUAUGUGUUUUGAAAUGUUUUUAUAUUCUUUCAUUUUAAUAUAGUUUGUCCUGUUGGAAAGUAAAAUAUUGUCCUGUGAAAAUCUCUUCUACCUGUCCUAUUUUUCCUGUAUGGACAACAGCUACAGAGUAGUUACCUGAUUUCCCUUUUUGGAAGGAGAUGGUAAUAGUGGGAGAAGAGCAGAGUAUGUUCUUUUUAAAAUGUGUACAAAUGAGUUUGCUGCUAUUUUGUGGGUGUUGUUUGAUCUUGUAUUUCCUUCAUCCUUCUCAUGGAUAAGUAGAUAUCUAAUGAACUGUGAAGGUCCAAAACUAUGACAAAUGUCCCAUUUUCCCCUCUUAUUGCCUGUGUGGACAUACUAACAGAGUAGUUGUAGUUUCCGUUGUUUUGAUCUAAUCUGUUCUUGAGGGCAGGGAGAGGGGAGGGUUGUAUAUUCUUCUUUCAAGUGUACGUAAAUGUUAUGCUACUUUUUAUUUUUAUUUUUUUUUAAUUUAUUUUAUUUAUUUAUUUUUGGCUGCGUUGGGUCUUCAUUGCUGCACGCGGGCUUUCUCUAGCUGCGGCGAGCGGGGGCUACUCUUCAUUGCAGUGCGCGGGCUUCUCAUUGCGGUGGCUUCUCUUGUUGCUGAGCACAGGCUCUAGGCGCGCGGGCUUCAGUAGUUGCAGCACACAGGCUCAGUAGUUGUGGCACGUGGGCUCAGUAGUUGUGGCUCACAGGCUCUACAGCACAGGCUCAGGAGUUGUGGCGCACGGGCUUAGCUGCUCCGCGGCAUGUGGGAUCUUCCCGGACCAGGGCUCGAACCCGUGUCCCCGGCAUCAGCAGGCAGAUCCUUAACCACUGUGCCACCGGGGAAGCCCUAUGCUACUUUUUAAUAUUUCAUUUUUAUAUGUGUUCCUUUGCAUGAAUGCGUAUAUACUUAAUGAAAACUGAGGUUCAGAGUAUGACAAAUCUCUUUUCCCUUUUCCUUAUUGCCUCCUUGGGCCAUAGAUAGAAUAGUAGUUUUUGUUUUGUGGGGUGGGAGAGAGUGGGGUAUGUACUUAAUGUAUAUAAAUAAAUCUACUACUUUGUAUUAUAACUAAUUCAUUUCGUACUACGUCCUUCUCACAGGACAUGAAAGUACCUAAUGAGACGUGGAGGUCCACAUGUUUGACAGUCUCCUCUUGUCCCCUUCCCUUGUUGCUCACGUGGGCAGUGGCUAGUAGUUGAUUAGUUUCAGAGGCUCUUUUGUGGGUAUUGGGGUAAAUACUUUUUAAAUAUAGAUUCAUGUUUUUACUUCCUUAUUAUAGUAUUUCAUUGGGUACCCAGUCCUUCACUUGGACCCGUAGGUUGCUAAUGAACCACAGAGUUCUGGAUCUAUAGCAGUCUUCUCCCUUUCCCUUUUUAUCUGUGUAGGCAAUAAUUUUAAAGUAGUUUGGGCUUUUUGAAGUUUUGGGGGGCGGGAAGGGACUAAGGGCAAGAUAAAUACUUUUGAAAAUUGUAUAUAUACAGUGCUAGUUACAUACUGUGUUAUUCCAUUUUGUACCUGUCCCUUGCUUGGACGUGCAGGUACCUAACGAGACGUGGAGGUCCGGAUGUAUGAAAAUCUCCCCUCUUCCCCUUUCCUUGUUGCCUCUGUGGGCAAUAGUUUUAGAGUAGUCUAGAUUAUUAUUUCUACCUCUAUCACUCCCUCUCCUGGGAGCGUAGGGAUAUGUACUUUUUAAAAUGUAUAUAAAUGGUUUUUGCUCCUUUUUUCUGUUACUUCAUUUUGUACCUAAACCUUUCCAUGGAUACUUAGGCACAUGAUGAAAAUUAAGGUUCAUUCUAUGAAAAAAAUCUCCUCCCCUUCCCUUGUUGCCUGUCUAGGCAAUGACUAGUAGCAUAGUUGUUUGGAGUUUUGUGUUUCUUUUUUUUUGGCAAGGUAGUGGGGGAUUUCUGGGUUUGCUUUUUUUUUUUUUUAGUGUACAUAAAUGUUUGCUGCGUUUUUUUGUUCUUUCACUUCAAACCUAGUGUUUUGUUUGGACUUGUAAAUAUCAAAUGUAAUGCAGAGGCCCAGAUCCAGAGAUGUAAUAAAUCUUUUCCCCCUUCCCCUAUAGCCUGUGUAUACCUGCAGUAGUAUGAAUACUUGAGGAUUUGGUUUUCUGUUCUUUGUUUUGAGGUUUUUAAUGGGGAAUGAGCUUGUUGGGCAAGAUAUGUAAAUUUUUAAAUGUAUAUAAAUGUUGCUGCCUCUUUUGGUGUUUCAUUUGGAAUCCAGGUUUUUGCAUAACUAUUUAGGAACUUAAUGAAAGUUGAGAUUGAUUCUAUGGAAAAAUCUCCCUGCUCCCCUUCCCUCAUUGCCUGGUGGGCAAUGGUAGAAGAAUAGAUGUUUGGCUUCUGUUUUUGGAGAGGCAGGGAUGGGAGAGGUCUGAGUGUGUGUGUGUGUGAAAGUACACACUUUUUUAAUAUAUACAAAUGUUUGCUACAUUUUAUGUGUUAUUUCACUUAGUACCCAGUCCUUUGCUGGGAUCUAUAGGUACAUAAUGAAACAUGGAGGUCCAGAUGUAUGAUAAAUCUCCUCUACUCCCUUCCCUCACUGCCGACAUGGGCAAUAGUUUAACAGUUUGGGGUUCUUUUUGGUUUUUCUUGGUUUUUUUUUUUAAGAGGGAGGAAUUAUUGGGUUGAGUAGUAGUCAGUGGGAAAGGACAGGGUAUGAACUUUAAAAAAAUGUGUAUAAAUGUUUCCAUGUUAUUGAUUUUAUACCUAGUCCUUUGGGUAGAUGUCGAGGUACCAGAUGCAAAUUGAGGAGAAGUGUAUGACAGCCUCCCCUUCUCCCCUUCCCCUCGUUGCCUGUGUGGGUAACAGCAAGUAGAAGAGUUGUGCAUCGUUUGCUUACUUGUUUCAUAGAGAUUUAUAUUUUUGGCAGGGGAAUGUUCUUAAUACAUAUGAAUGUUUUCAUUUGUUAUUUUAUUUUGUAUUUAGUCCUUUACAUGGCUAUGUAGGGACUAAUGAAAAUUGAGUUUCAUAGAUUAAGUUAGUUACUUCUUCCUUUCCCACAUAUUUGCUCCUUCAGCUGGAGCUAGUAUAGUUAGUUAUUGUUUUGUGGUUUUGUUUUAGUCCCUCGGAUAUAUGCCUUUAAAGAUGUAAAUAUAUACAUGCACGUAUAUGAUUUGCUUCUUUUCUUCCCCCAUUAUUUUCCUUUAAUACUUAGUCCCUUGCAGGGCUCUGAAUGUAUCUAACUAAAAAUGUCCCACCAGAUCCCUGCCAUCUGACCUAAAGGUGUAGCGUUGUGGUGGCGUAGCUAAUGGCAAUAGGCAUGCAGCAGAUAAGAUGCGAGAAGACACUUGGAUAUGGUUGAGUUGUGAAAGCUAAUCAGAUCCAGCAUUUCUUAGGUUGAUUCAAACUGAAUGAAAUGAUGAGAAGGGACAUGUACUUUGGAAAUUCCAAAAAGUCAAAAAGACAGUACUUCAAGUGUGUUUGUUUGUUUAAAUAUUUUUGCUGAUUCAUCUCUUAGUGGUAAGCCAGUUGACAUGCUGCCUAGAACUCACUUGAAGACCCUUGAGAGUAGCUUCUUUCUGAGGCCUGGAUUCUGACUCAGUUUGUUGCAGUUUCAUCAGUAGCAUAUUCUUGUGUACUCAGUAGAAAUUAUUUUGGUUUCUGGAAUGAAUCUUUUGAGUUAUUGCCAUCAUUCUAGUAAAUGACAACAUGGGCCCCGAAAACUAAUCCAAGAAGAAUUUGGGUGGCAAACCCUGUCUGUCUUCAGCACCUUACACAUGGUAGGGCGAGUUGGCCCUUUCCUACCCAGAGCUUUUCUGCGUGGCUGCAUCUGUCUCUCCUCACUUCUUCACUAGCUGAACCAUUCCUGUUCAUUCUUCCUUUUUGUCUUCAGUGCUUGCACUGUUAGAUGUUAUCUUAUGGUUUUGCAUGCAUUUCAUACAUCCAGACCUGUUAGCUUUCAGCAUUCUUGAGUCAUUAUUUCACAUUGACUCUUCAUCCACCACAUGGUAAAUGUUAUGACUUCACAUUUGUCUGUAUCAAAGAAAAUGCAUGUGUAAAAUCCAUCCAUCCCUCUCUCCCUCCCUCCAAGCUUCCGAGCACUAUUUGUUUGUCCUGCAAUUUAUAAUGAAUAUAAUGCUGAAGAUUUACCAUAUUGUUAUUUUUAGAAACACUGAGUGAUUGAUAGGACUCCUAGAAAGUUUGCAAAGAGAUGUUAUUUACCAUAUCAAACUCUCAGGUUCCAGUGAUGAAAAAUUUGCUUAUACUUUGCUGUUACUUAUACCUGCUGCUGUAGGAAAAAUAAAAGUUUGUUCAUGCCACAUUUAACUUCUUUGAUCAUAAAGAAAAGGGGGCACCUUUUUGGAGUUAGUCAUGGUCAUCUUUCUUUAGCGGUAUUUCUCAACAGUUCUUAAUCUGAAAUACUUCAAAGGAAGUAAAGGUCAGGGCUUAGCUGAAUGAAAUGCUCCAGAACUUGAACUGUAUAAAGCAUCAGUACAGUAAUACACUCAUGUGUAUAAAAUGAGAAUUACAGCAUAAUUGGAAUAUUUGCAUUAAUCAACAAACUCACAUCAAGACAAACAAUCUUACAGCUAUCUUGAUUAAAGCCAAAUGUUCCAUAUUGCUAUGAAGAAUAGUCUAUCAAUGCUUUGAAAAGUAAUUACUUCAAAACUUGUAAAAGGUAUCACAUUUUUGUAUUUAAACACUUCUUAUAGAGAUCUCCAAUUCCUUGAAUCUGAGCUUGUGGGUAGAAUUCUAAAUUUGUAUCAUAAUCUUGUCUUUUGUGAAAGAUUUUGAAAAUAGUAUGUAUAUAUAAUAUUAUAUAUGCAAAUUGUGUUUUGUCACUGGUGAAGGGAAAGGCUUAUUUUUCUUUAUACUUCUGAUAACUUGUUUUGCAUAUGACCAGCACUGACUGAAAGGCAUGUGUACCUGCAAACACUGUUGCUUUUUUUGUGAAAUGAAAAUAAAAGUAUUUAAAUAUAAA